AUGUCAUUGAAAUCUAGAUCAACUUUUCAAUCUAGCGUUUAUUAUUCACCAGAAGACUCGGACGGCCGCAGCAACAGCAACCAUGAGUUCAUCAUGCACCAGAGCACUGGCAGAACAAUGACGGUCGAUGGUAUUGCCGAUGGUGCAGGAAGAUCGUGGAAAAUCAAGGGGCGCAUGGAUGGCUUCGGUGGACGAGCCAUUCUCCAAGAGAAUGGCAAAGUCCUCGCCGUGGUUUUGUCCGAGAGAAGUGGCCGAUGUUUCGCCUACAAAUUGCUCUACCCUACACCACUGUGCCCCACACAAAAGUCGCACCGAAUCCGAAUCAGGGGCCAAUUGCUCUACGAACACAUGACUAUUCGAAAAACAAGUUGCUUUUCAAACAAUUUUGUUGUAAUCAACAAUGAUCUUAAUUGUGGUAAUGAAAACAAUAUCGCCUAUGUUGUCCGUGGAUCUUCCAGAUUUGGACCACUCCGGCUAAAGGUCUACCAGAAGGACACGAAGCAAUGCUGCGGGGCAGUGCGCCAGUCCUUUGAAAAUGGCAGUGUAUCUUCUAGCUCUUGGCAAAUCCGAGCAGACAAGAAUAUCAACCCGAAAAUUAUGAUCUGCUUGACCGCCAUUGCGAGUAAAUCCUUGGGAAAACUCCAUUGA